UAAAAAUACAUAUUUUUCUGCUUUACAUGGUGUUUUCUUCUUGGACUUGUUGUUUUCUUAACUUGUACUCUUUUACCAUCCUAACCUCACAAACCAAUUCUUUAGUGUCAAGAAUCUAGAAAGAUUGUAUCUUUUUAGUUUUUAAUUGACUUUAGGUGCAAAAUAGUCAAAACCUUAGCUUGUGUUCUUGAUUUAAACCCAAUUCUCUUUGUGUUAAUCUUCUCAUAUAUCUGCAGGUUUUGAGUUUUAAGAUAAAUCAUAUAGCUUCUGGGAGCUAUCAGCUAAUCUGAUUCUGAAGAUCACCAGUACCUGAGAGAAGAAAUAUUUUCUUCAGCUGAGAGUACGUGCGAAUAAGAUCUGUAGCAGUUUGUCAAACAUGUCUUUAGUUGGUUCUUCCUCGUCAUCAUACGGAAACCGCAAGCAUUACUCACUAACUGGAAGCAAAAAGAAAUCUGGAUUGUCCGCAUCAAUGGACAGUUCUAACAAGCCUAAGAUCCUGUAUGGGACUGGAUCUGACAGCACCGAGAGUUAUGAUCCAAGUUACAUCCUUGACUCACCGUCCAGUGAAGUUGUUCAGCUAGUGGCAGCCCAACAAAUAUCUGACUCCCCUGAUGCGGCCAAUAUAAAUUCUCAUUCCUCUCUGUCCAAAUAUCAGUCAGACGACUUGGAAGGUCAAUUUACAGAAGCAAUGGAUUUCGACGAUAGUCGUAUGAGAUUAAAGCUUCAGGAACUGGAGAGAGAACUUCUUGAUGAAAAUGACGAAGAUGAUUCAAUAUUAGGUCCUAAUGAGAGCAUGGAAAUCGAGAGUGGAUGGGCAGACGCAGUUCCUAAUGCACUAAUCCAUGACUCACCGAAGGAAUCUUCAUCCAUAGAUUCUAACAUCAGUAGCAUCAGCAGCAGCAAAGAAGUAUCCCUGCUUCCAGAUGAUAAUCCUAAGCAAUUGCUUUUUUACUGUGCAGUCACAAUUUCAAAUGGAAAUGUAGAGAAUGCAUCCACCAUGAUAGAUGAGCUACGACAGAGAGUCUCAAUUCAGGGUGAACCUUCUGAAAGAAUUGCAGCGUACAUGGUGGAGGCUCUUGCAGCUCGAAUGGCGACCUCUGGAAAAGGUCUUUACAAAGCUCUUAAAUGCAAAGAAGCCCCAUCAUUAGAUCGUCUUUCGGCCAUGCAAGUACUCUUUGAGGUAUGCCCUUGUUUUAGGUUCGGAUUCAUGGCAGCAAAUGGAGCAAUCAUAGAGGCUCUUGAAAAUGAAAGAAAGGUACACAUAGUAGAUUUUGAUAUAAACCAAGGAAGUCAAUACAUCACUCUCUUGCAAACUCUCGCUAAUUAUCAUGGAAAGCUGCCUCUUUUAAGAUUAACCGGAGUUGACGACCCUGAAUCUUUGCAACGUGCAACUGGAAGCCUUAAACUCAUUGGGCAAAGGCUGGAGCAACUUGCUCAAGCACUUGAAGUGCCAUUUGAGUUCCAAGCUGUGGUAGCAAAUACAGAGGAGGUAACUCCUGCAAUCCUCGACCAUCAUCCUGAUGAAGCUCUUGUCGUGAACUUUGCUUUCCAGCUGCACCACAUGCCCGAUGAGAGCGUUUCAACUGUAAACCAACGAGAUAAACUUCUGAGGAUGGUCAAGAGCAUGAACCCGAAACUUGUAACUGUUGUUGAGCAAGAUGUAAACACCAAUACCGCUCCGUUCUUACCAAGGUUUGCUGAAGCCUACAAUUUCUAUUAUGCCAUCUUUGAUUCUUUAGAUGCAACUCUUCCAAGAGAUAGUCAGGACAGGAUGAAUGUCGAAAAACAAUGUUUGGCACGUGACAUAGUUAAUGUCGUUGCAUGUGAAGGGGAGGAAAGAAUCGAGCGCUAUGAAGUUGCAGGAAAAUGGAGAGCAAGGAUGAUGAUGGCUGGUUUCGAAGCUUGUCCUAUUGGUCCAGAUGUGAAUGUCUCAAUUCGAGAACUUAUAAAGAGGUACAGUGAUAGAUUCAAGGUUAAGGAGGAGAUAAAUGCACUCCAUUUCGGGUGGCAAGACAAAAUAUUGAUUGUUGCUUCUGCGUGGAAGUAAUGGGCUCAUCUCAAGCUCUUGUAACUCAGUGUCUUGUUGAUUUGAAUCUUGUUUGCCUUCGUAAAGAUAUCAGGCCGCAUGUUUACUCUUUCUAUUUGAGAAUGACUGUUUAUAAAUUGUGCUAAUAUUGCAUAUAUUAGUUAUUGUUGGAGGAAUGUUGAAUUUCUCUAAAAUAAUUCUUAGUUUUUA